AUGGCGUAUAGCCGAUUUCGUGAGUUGCAUAAUGACUUUCUGGAUGAGGAAGGUCACCCUGAAGAGGGUCACCAGCCCGCCUUCCUAGACCAAGAUGGAGCUCCUUUGUUUGAGGAUCCCGAACUUGGCCUUCUGUCUACGGUGUACGCACAGAAUGACGUUGCGUCUCUCCAUUUGUACAACGACAACCCUCAUACAAAGAUCUUCCAGGACUUAAGCAGUGAUGCAUACUGGCUGUGGGAUUAUCAUCCGUUCAUCCAAGCCGCCGCACUCAAUGGUUUCGACGCGCUCCACGCCUUGCUUGAUAUUUACGUGGCGGAUCCGACGCUUCCGGAGCCCCUCGAGCAGUAUCUAGCACACAUUCCUAUAUCUCUUAUGAAUAUGGCCUGUCGACAUGCAAAUCGUGGUAUGGUGCAACGCCUACUACAUCAUGAUCCACCAUUAGGAAGUUUGCACGAUCGGGAGGACAUAUCUGGUGAAACGCCCCUUUAUAGGGCGGCCAAAUCGAUGGGAAUUGAAAGUGGGGAGUUGGUCAGGCCCCUCGCUAUCAGGCGUAAUAGCCACGAGAAACUUGCAGAGACAGAGGAGUUCCUUUACUUUCUUCUAGAUCAAGGUUGUUCGGUUCAAGACUCAGAUCUCCAUGUUGAACUGGCCAGGACCGAAGGUUCUGACCAAUUACGGACAGAGCGAGUACUAUAUGAUACAGUGCUCGCUGCCGCUAUUCCCCACGCAAGCUACCAGAUGGUAUCGCGUCUAAUUGACGAGGGCGCUGAUAUCUAUGCUCGGCUAGAAGGGUGGCAAGAUCAUAUACCCAUCAGCGAAGAUGGGCUGGUGACCGCUAUGCAUAUAGCAAGUAUCUAUGGCAAUCUCGAGGGGAUGCAAGCGCUCAUAGAUCAUCCCGGCGAUUCCAGCGCAGCAGAUUUAGUCGCCAUCGUCGAUAGCGCCGGUCGAACUCCACUGCACUGGGCGCUACGUGUCGUCCAGGGUGAUCUAGAUAUGGAUGAAAUGAGUGACCAAGACGAGAUCACGGCUCAUAUAGUACGUGCUGUACUAUUGUUACUCAACGCCAAUCCAGAUACGGUCAAUAUGCGAGACAAUAAUGGGGCGACAGUAUUCCAUUAUGCAGUGAUGUCCUAUGCAGCUUUAGAGAGUACCACCUUACUUUUAAGUGCCAAGCCACUUCCUCAUAUUAUCAAUGUCCGUGAUUAUAUGGGCGACACAGCGUUGAAGAAGGCAAUAGACAGCCACGCGGAAGGAGGUGGUACUCCUAAUAAGCGGCUAAUGGAAAUACUACAAGUCUUACUCGAGAAUGGGGCGGAUGGAAGCGGAUGCAACAAUAAAGGGCACAAUUUAGUGCAUACCCUAGCAUUGAGAUUCGCCGACAGUGAUCCAGUGGAACUUGCAAUCUUAGACAGAUUACUGGAAUUUGUUAAUAUCAACAGCGCCGAUUCCUACGGUCGUACACCGCUCCAUUAUGUAGCUCGGUAUUGGAGUCGAAUCAAUUUCAUUCGACGCCUCAUCAGUCAGGGUGCGGAUGUCAACGCCGUCGACAAAAAGGGAAAUACACCUCUCCAUGAGGUGAUGAGAGGGCAGUUAGGCAAACAGAGCGGGCAGAAUACAGAAGUUGACGCCAUGACAAAUGACCUUCCAGCCAGAGCACGAGAUGAGGUGAUUGAACUUCUGAUGGGCGCUGGAGCCGCGGUGGAUCAUCGGAAUGCAGCUGGGAAGACACCGCCACAGAUACUCGAUGAGCGCACGAAUAAGAUGAAGCAUAAGUAG